AUGGACUCUCUCAGCGCGUCCCAGAGCGCGGCCCUGAAACCCAAACCCGUUUCUUCGGUCUUCAACCGUCGACCAGGCUCGGGAGUGCAUCAGGCUGUGCCUCAACGGAUGCGGACCACACCAAUCAAACAACAGACGGCUCCCCAGCCACGAGUGAGAGCCCACAGACCACAAAAAGUAACACUGUCAGCGGUUCCAUGCUCUAUUUGUGACCAGAGGGUGCCCGAACAUCACAUGAUGUGCUGCGGAUGCGCUAAUUACUCCAUUCUGGCCCAUCGGGUGGCGCAAAUCAAGAUCGACGCUUCACUGGACACAGUCACACAGAAGAUAGAGAACAUCGACAAGCUAGACUGUCCGGAUAAGGACCCUGGUACAGAUCCGUUUCGGCUGCGACUGCUCAAAAUCAAACAGCAGGGUGUCCGGAGAGAGCUAGAUGUAGUCCGAAAAGCCAGAGACUUACAGACAGAUGAGAUUGCAGCCAAGAAGCGACACCUAGCAACACUGAGGAACCAGGUUUCAACUAUGAGAGAAACAGCCGCCUCACUACACACACAGAGUGUCAAUGAGCAUCAGAAAAUCAAACGGAAACUGUCACAGGAUGUCCAAGAGCUAAAGACCAAGGUCAACACGGAGAUCCCACACAGUCUUCUCGCCAAACGAAGCGUACUCUGUCGAGAGCUGGUCUCUCUGUACAACAUUCGAUUGAGAAAGGUGAGACGAGGGAGUGGUAUCACUUCUGUUGGGUCUACAGCAGAUACAUUUCCACUAAUUGGAACGCUCUCUCUUCCUGAUAUCAUCACGUUGUGCUUAUCGUCUCAUCGAGAGAUCAACACUGCGUUAGAUAGACUUGCAUCUUUCACAUGUCUCGCAGCAUACUAUUUGGGGGCUCCUCUUCCUUAUGUCAUUCUACUCCCCCAGAGACGACAUCCUUACAUCCGCAUUUCCAGCAACAACUACCCGUUGCAUUUGGAAGACCCACUGCCCCAGGUAUCAUCUGAGAAGCCUGCCGUGUUCAGCAAGUUUGCACACGCUCUAGCUAUGCUCUGUCUGAACUUGGCCUCGAUUUCCCACAAACUAGGGUUCCAUUCUCAUCUCAACACCCCCGAAGAAAUUGUCAAGAUCGACAAGAUCAUUUCUCGCAUGUUCCUGACCAUUGAAGAAGAGGAUCCUGAUGGUAACGAAGUCACAGACGUGGAAUUAUCCUGCGUAGCAGACUAUAUCAUUACCCAAGUCUACCUUGAGGUGGAUGGAGGAGGUAGUGAGUGGGUCAGUCUAUAG